GGGUUGAUGGUCAGCCUGCCUGCCUGUCUGUGUCAGGGGCUGGGUUUCUCUUUUAUCCAAGAAGAGGGGAGAAAAAAAAUAGCUGUGACAAACAUGACGAGACAAAAACAACGAUAAAACACCAACAAAUGAUGAGCCAGACACUUUAAAGAACCCACCAUGGCUAUAAGGGAGCUCAAAGUUUGCCUUUUAGGGGACACAGGAGUGGGUAAAUCUAGCAUAGUUUGCAGAUUUGUUCAAGAUCAUUUUGAUCACAACAUAAGCCCCACCAUAGGGGCGUCUUUCCUGACCAAGACUGUACCAUGUGGGAACGAACUACAUAAAUUUCUGAUUUGGGACACAGCUGGACAAGAACGGUUUCAUUCAUUAGCUCCUAUGUACUACAGGGGAUCAGCUGCUGCUGUCAUUGUUUACGACAUUACUAAACUGGACUCUUUCCAGACACUGAAGAAGUGGGUGAAGGAGCUGAAGGAGCACGGCCCGGAGGACAUCAUUGUAGCCAUAGCAGGAAACAAGAAUGAUUUAGGAGACAUCAGGGAAGUUCCUAUGAAGGAAGCAAAGGAGUUUGCUGAAUCAAUUGCAGCUAUUUUUAUUGAGACCAGCGCCAGAAAUGCGGUGAACGUCGAGGAGCUCUUUCAGAAAAUCAGUAAACAGAUCCCACCCCUGCAAAACGCUGAAGUGGAGAGCAACGAUUCCUUUAAACUCACCCGGCCGCCCAAUCCCACCACCAGGAGGUGCUGCUAGUGAGAGGAGAUCAUUUAGCUGCCAAACAGCAGGCCCUAAACAAAAUCCAAACGCACAUGACGUCCUGCCUGCUGGGGGACGACGCAGAACAUAGACCAAGGUCACCAAAAAGUUAAAAACAGCGCUAAUUAGGUCAAAACACCAACUUAUUUAACUAAAUUUGAUUUUCUCUGAUCAUCAGAAGUCUUUUGGUCUGUCUCCCUCUAGUGGUGGUCUGACAAAAUUACAUCUAUUAUAAUCCCAGAUUAUGCUGAUUUGCUGUUUACAUGCAUUUUAAUGUGUCUCUUAGACCAGCUGUAUUCAUUUUCAUGUAUUCAUUGAUUUUGUUUUGAUUUGUUUUGUACAAACUUCCACUGAGCGUUUCGAGUCGCUCACACACCUUUACAUUCCUCUAUAAAGGUUUAACUACGAUGCUGCAGAAUGAACUUCAUCAUGAGUUUGGCGAAGAUGUUUGGUACAUGUUGAAACAUUUAAGUGUUCACUACAGAGAAUGACUGUAAAUAGCUGACAGCUUUGUUUUUACCAUUUGUGUUAAUUAUACUUUUAAAAACUGCAGGUCAUUUACUAGAACACAUCUAGUUGUUGUUUAAAUGAUUUUUAAGAGUUUUUUGACUUGUGGGAAAACAAGUUUUUUUUUUUUUUUUUUACUGUUUUGGUUUUCACCACUUUUUAAAAAUCACAGCAUUUGAUAAAACACCUAAAACAAUCACUAUUACUGUUCACCACAAUGUCAAGGAAUAAAUUGGACUGUUUUUACUACCAUUUGAUGUAAUAUUAAUACCUUUUUUUGUAUAUCGGAUUCAGAUCAACAUGUGUUGAUCUGAAUCUGAUAAAAGCAGAGUUACGCAGUGAAUAUCAUUUAAAGUGUGAGUAAACGUCAGAGUUGUGACUACAGCCUUUCCCUGCACUGCAAGUUGUGACUUUAAAAUGAAAUAUUGCUGAGUUUUGAAUGUUAAAACAGUUUUUUUCCACAAUGUUUAGUUUGAUUAUGACCUUCAGUAUUAGACAAAAGGUCAUAAAAGUGCCUUUUUUUAAUCUAGAUAAGUGACUACCACUAAGACAAUGAUUGUUGGUACAGUCUAACUGUGCACUUUGAAAGUGCCCAUUCUAUAGUUAAUCUCAUCCAAUAUGUAAAAGUCAUGCAUCCCUGUGUUCCCAGUACAACAGGUCUAAUUUUGUGUAUUAAAACAUUGCAAUAAAGUAUUAUUCAUACACUU